AUCAGUUGCAGAAGUUCUGGAGUGACCUUUCACUGCAAGCACGGCAGGAGCUCCUUAGGAUUGAUAAGCAGACCCUCUUUGAGCAAGCUCGAAAGAACAUGUAUUGUUCUAGAUGCAAUGGACUACUGCUUGAAGGUUUUCUGCAGAUUUUUAUGUAUGGAAAGUCUAUGCUGCAGGAUGGAACAGUUGCACAGCUUCCUAGCAACAGAACUGUAGCCUCAAAAAAUCAAAAUGACGGUGGAUCAAUUAUGACAAAUGGGUGCCAAAAUGACAUUCAAGAUCCGUCAGUCCAUCCCUGGGGUGGUCUAACCACAACGCGUGAUGGAUCAUUAACACUCCUGGACUGCUAUUUGUGUUCAAAGUCUCUCAAAGGACUGCAAAAUGUCUUCGACAGUGCACGUGCAAGGGAACGGGAGCGGGAAUUGCUUUAUCCUGAUGCCUGUGGUGGGGGAGGUCGGGGUUGGAUAAGUCAAGGAAUGGCAAGUUUUGGUAGGGCACAUGGAACAAGAGAAACAUGUGCAUUGCAUACUGCCAGGCUUUCUUGUGACACAUUAGUGGAUUUCUGGUCUGCUCUUGGGGAAGAAACUCGGCAAUCUCUUUUAAGGAUGAAGGAAGAGGAUUUUAUUGAGAGGCUAAUGUACAGGUUUGACAGCAAGAGGUUUUGCAGAGAUUGUAGAAGGAAUGUUAUUCGAGAAUUCAAGGAGCUAAAGGAGUUGAAGCGUAUGCGGAGAGAACCUCGCUGCACUAGUUGGUUUUGUGUUGCUGAUACUGCCUUUCAAUAUGAGGUAUCUGAUGACACAGUUCAAGCUGACUGGCGCCAAACUUUUUCUGAUACUGUUGGAACGUACCAUCACUUUGAAUGGGCAGUUGGAACUGGAGAGGGAAAAUCUGACAUUCUUGAAUUUGAAAAUGUUGGCAUGAAUGGAAGUGUUCAAGUCAAUGGUUUGGAUCUUAGUGGUCUGAGUGCAUGCUUUAUUACCCUGAGGGCUUGGAAAUUAGAUGGCCGCUGUACUGAGCUUUCUGUAAAAGCUCAUGCAUUAAAGGGCCAACAAUGUGUUCAUUGCAGGCUUGUAGUUGGCGAUGGAUUUGUUACAAUUACAAGAGGGGAAAGUAUUAGAAGGUUUUUUGAGCAUGCAGAAGAGGCUGAGGAAGAAGAGGAUGAUGAUUCCAUGGACAAGGAUGGAAAUGAACUGGAUGGAGAAUGCUCCCGUCCACAAAAGCAUGCAAAGAGUCCUGAACUGGCUCGAGAGUUUCUUCUAGAUGCUGCAACUGUUAUUUUUAAGGAGCAGGUAGAAAAAGCCUUUAGAGAAGGAACGGCACGCCAAAAUGCACACAGCAUCUUCGUUUGUCUUGCACUAAAACUGCUGGAAGAACGCGUUCAUGUUGCAUGCAAGGAGAUUAUCACAUUAGAAAAGCAGAUGAAACUUCUUGAGGAAGAGGAGAAAGAAAAGCGUGAAGAAGAAGAGCGCAAAGAAAGGAGAAGAAUGAAAGAAAGAGAGAAAAAGCUCAGAAGAAAGGAAAGAUUGAAAGGAAAAGAAAGGGAUAAAGAAAAAAAAUAUGGUGCCUCAGAACAUAGCCUUGUUCGUCCUGAUGUCUCAAAGGAUGAAUCAUUACUCAGUGUUGAUAAAGAGCCAAGUAAUGCUAUUAGCUGCAGGGACACAGUGAGUGAAGCAGUAGAUGUUUUGUCCAGGCCUGGAUCUCCUGAGGUUUUGCAUGAACAGUACUCAAAUGGGUGUACCACAUCACAAAUGGAAAAUUACUGUUAUGAUAGUCCUGAUGGAGAAGUUAUGGGUGCUAAAGAUGGGAAUGGUUCUUUUCAAAUAGAACAAUCAAAAUUUUCUCGACGGAGAUUGAAAUUUCGGAAAGAAGUACAACUUGAUUCACCAUUGAAGUGGUCUGAGAGGCGCAGAUUUGCAGUCAUUUCUGAAAGUGGUUCUAUGGUCAAUCGAUCCGAGUCUAGAUAUCACAGUGAUAAUUAUGAGACUCCUAGGGGCAGCAAUGGAUUGAAUCGGCAAUUGUGGAUGACCACCUCCAAAUCCAGCCAUAGAAAUUGCAGUGUGAAGUACAAUGAGAAGGUUCAUUGUUCCAAUAACAGGAUGAGUGACAGAUAUGACCAUUCUUGUAGCUGUAAUCAACAUAAUGAAUAUCGAGCAAAGGUUGAGCCUCAUGUUUCUGCAACAAGAGUAGGCCGAGAGUCCAAAUCUGUCAGUAAGUCUGAAUCUGCAUUGGAUAUGUCCAAACAAUUCUAUCGUGGUAACAAGUAUAAUCAAAUUGAUUACAUGCGUGAUAGUUCUGGAAGAUCCAAAGUCAAAAUUAUUAUGGGAAACAGUUCCUCCACCCGAGAUUCACUUUAUUCCAAGAAAGUUUGGGAGCCCAUGGAAUUGCAGAAGAAGUACCCCCGCAGCAACUCAGAUUCAGAUGUUACCUUGAGGUCAACUACCUUCAAAGGUGAAGGAGUUGAACAUGAUAAUAACCUUGUAAAGUCAUCUUGUGAAACAUUUUCUAGCAAGGCUAGUGGGAAUUUGUGUCAAAAUGAUGAUGAGGAUGUUAACAUGAAGAAAUCAAGGGACUCUACCCUUUCAACUGAUGAAACCUGCCUGAAUGGACUUCAUUUGGAUGCAAAGGAUGCUUGCUAUUCAACAGAAGCUGCUUACAAUGAGGCUGGAUUAUGUCAUAGUAGAAACUCUACGUUGACUGGAAUUUCUGAUCCCAACACGAGUAGCACAUCCAAUUCUGAUAACUGCUCCUCGUGCCUUAGUGAGGGGGAUAGCAAUACAGUCUCUUCAAAUCAUGGAAAUCUGGAAUCAUCAUCCACGUCAGACUCAGAAGAUGCCAGUCAACAAUCAGAAGGGAGAGAUGCUUCAGAAUGCACUCAAAAUGUUUUCUCUGAAUGUCAUGAAGUUGAGAUUGAGAAAAAACAGUGUACAAAUGGAGAUGAGAAUUUGGUAAGCAGGCCAUUGAAUGGACUUCCACCUCACAGUAUGGGGAGUAAAUUUCAAGGAAAUCUGCUGACAAAGACUUCCCAAAAACCUGAUAAAGGUAUAUCUAAUGUUAGUAUGGGUUCUGAACAUCAAGGCGUUUGCCCACCACUGCAUAAUCAAAAUAUGCAAUUUCCAGUAUUUCAGCCUCCUUCAACAAUGGGUUACUAUCAUCAAAAUCCAGUCGCGUGGCCAGCUGCUCCAGCAAAUGGAGUAAUGCCUUUCCCUCAUACCAACCACUAUUUGUAUGCUGGCCCUCUCAGCUAUGGCUUAAAUGGAAACUCACGCAUGUGCAUGCAGUAUGGUGCUCUGCCGCAUGUUCCUACUCCUGUAUUUAAUCCUAGCCCAGUACCUCUUUAUCAGCCUGUUACCAAAGCCAACGGCAUGGAGGAGCAAACUCAUUUUUCCAAAGCAGGUGUGGCACAAAAAGCAUUGAAUGAUGCAAAUACAAAGGGGGGUGCUCCUGCCAGGUCACAUCUAAGUGAUGCACCAGCAAAUGCAGAAGGCGGGCAAAGUGAUGAUUCUGAUAAAUUGGGUAAUGACAACUUUUCCUUGUUUCAUUUUGGUGGGCCUGUUGCUCUUUCAACUGGAUGUAAACUAAAUCCCUUGCCUUCGAAAGAUGAGAUUGUCGGGAAUUUUUCUUCACAAUUUUCAGCGGAUCAUGUUGAGAAUGAUCAUGCUUGCCCUAAGAAAGAGACUACAAUUGAAGAAUACAACUUGUUUGCAGCAACUAAUGGCAUAAGGUUUCCAUUCUUCUAAUAUACUAGUGAGAGUGAGAUUUGGGAGUUCAGUCCCUAUCUUCUUGUUUGGUGAUACCAAAGUUUGAGAUACUUAAUAGUUAAGAAAAAAGAAAAAAAGAAAAAACCAAUAAUCUUCUUCUGAAAUAUUCCAAUUUUAGCUUAUAGAUUUUUUUUUUCUUUUGGUGAUUGCUAUCCAAGUUGUCUAAUUGGUUUAUUUAAUUUAGAUGAAAGAUAAGGUUGGGAGAUUGCUAUAAAGAUGUUUGAGAGGUUUUUGUAUGAGGUCAGUUUUUUCAAUUAAUGGAGAAUUUGUUUGGUACGACUUUUUUCCUCCCC